UGAGCCCCAGCUGAGGCAGGUGGGCAUGGUUUUGGAGGGCAGCUCAGAGGCGCUGUGUCCCCCCCCAUCUCUGGAGCUGAGGCCGUCCUGCAAUAAGAGCCAGCCCUCACCCCCCCUGGGCUCCAGCUCUCAGCCCCAAGACGGAGUCUUCCUCGACGACAAGGAGCCCGUCAAGUACGGAGAGCUCAUCGUUUUAGGACACAAUGGCUCUCUGGCUAACGGGGACAAAGGUCGCAGGAGAAGUCGCCUGGCUCUCUAUAAACGACCGAAAGCAAACGGAGUCAAACCUGACGUCAUCCACAAUGUGUCCACCCCCCUGGUGUCCAAGGCACUCAGCAACAAAAGUCAGCACAGCAUCUCGUACACUCUGUCACGAAGUCACUCUGUCAUCGUGGAGUACACACACGACACCAACACAGACAUGUUCCAGAUCGGUCGCUCCACAGAGAGCAUGAUUGACUUUGUUGUCACGGAUACGGCAGGCAGCAGCAGCAGUGGUGGUCAGGGUGGGGGGGCAGCAGGUGAAGGAGGCGGUGGAGGUCAGUCGGCUCAGAGCACCAUCUCUCGUUACGCCUGUCGCAUCAUGUGUGAGCGCAGCGCCCCCUACACCGCCCGGAUCUACGCCGCUGGCUUCGACUCCUCCAAGAACAUCUUCCUUGGGGAGCGUGCAGCUAAGUGGCGGACGUCGGAUGGACUGAUGGACGGUCUGACCACAAAUGGUGUGCUGGUAAUGCAUCCGGCGGGAGAGUUUGUGUGCGAGCCGGCGCCAGGAGUUUGGAGGGAAAUCUCCGUGUGUGGAAACGUGUUUGCUCUGAGAGAGACUCGCUCGGCCCAGCAAAGAGGAAAACUGGUGGAGAACGAGUCAAACACCCUUCAGGAUGGCUCUCUGAUCGACCUCUGCGGGGCCACGUUGUUGUGGCGGACCCCCGCUGGGCUCCGCCACACCCCCACCCUCAAGCAGCUGGAGUCUCUGCGGCAGGAAUUGAAUGCAGCACGGCCACAGUGUCCAGUGGGCUUCAACACGCUGGCCUUUCCGAGCCUCGCCCAGCGGGAGAUCGUGGACAAGAAGCAGCCUUGGGUCUAUGUGAACUGCGGCCACGUGCAUGGAUACCACAACUGGGGCUUUAGGAAGGAGAAGGUCCCAGCCGGACCUGGGGGCACCGCCCCCCCCAGCACAGGAGAGAGGGAGUGCCCUAUGUGCCGCCGCGUCGGCCCCUACGUGCCAUUGUGGCUCGGCUGUGAGGGGGGACUGUACCUGGAUGCUGGGCCCCCAACCCAUGCAUUCUGCCCAUGUGGCCAUGUCUGCUCUGAGAAGACUGUGGGGGGGUGGAGCCAGAUCCCGUUACCCCAUGGCACCCAUGCCUUUCAUGCCGCCUGCCCCUUCUGCGGCACAUGGCUGACAGGCGAGCAGGGCCAUAUCAAACUCAUCUUCCAGGGGCCAGUUGACUGAAGGGGGCCCCCCCAAGGAUGGUCUCUAUUAUCUGGACUUAAAGACUUCAAAAAGAGGAAAAAAAUGGCAGACAUGACGAGCUGAACGAGUCUGUACAAGGAUAUGUGUAAAUAAAUUGUGUUGUCAUGGAAA